GAGCUACCACACUGCCAAAUGUGCAAAGGUGUGGGCACAGUACACGUAGGGCGCAGGUUAGAAUCAGCAGGCCCCGUUCUUGGACACUGCUUUCCCUGUCCGUGAUUUCCCUCCCUAAAACCCUUGAGCUUUGUCCCCUCCUUCCCCUCGUGGAGUUCGCCUCUCUCUCUCUCUCUCUCUCUCUCUUACAGAGGAAGCCAUGAGUGUUGCGGUGGAAACAUUUUCGCUGGCAAUCCCUAAUCCUAACCCUGUCUCAAGCUCGCCACUGAAGAAAGCUUCCAUGAAUCUGCGCCCUUCUGCAUUCUCAUCAUCUCUGCGGUUCGAAUCCCUUUCCAGAAAUCACACAUGCAGAGUCUCUAUCGCAGCUCGCUCCUUACCUCCUGGAGGGCUCGGCCUUCGCUUCCUUCCACUCGAUCGUUGUUAUUCGCCGAACCGAUCCUUCGCUUCAUUUGCAGCUUCUCAUGAAGAUUCGAAGCCUUCAGAAAUUGAAGUGGAGAGGAAGAGUGAUCUAGAUUUGGAAGCUAAAGAAUCGGAAGAAGAAUGGAAACAAGUGCUAGCAUCCUUCAAAGAACAAGCCUUAAAGAUUCAGAGUGUGUCACAAGAAGCAUAUGAGUUGUAUUCUAAGAAAGCAAUGGUCGUCUUGAAAGAAACUGCAGUGCAGUUGAAAAUUCAAGCAGAUAAGGCAGGGCAUGAUUUGAGUGUGAUUGCAAAAGAAACCACUGUGGAAGGUAAAGAAUAUCUCAGUGCAGCAGCGGAGAAUUCCCCCGACACACUGAAGGAUGUGAUCGAAACAUUUGCUUCUUCAACUGAUGAUGUGAAUGAAAUUUCGAAAGUCUAUGACUUUUACCUUGGGAUACCAUAUGGUCUGCUUCUCUUUCUUGGUGGCUUUCUUUCCUUCAUGGUAACGGGAAGCAUUUCUGCCAUUAGGUUUGGCGUUAUCCUAGGCGGUACUCUCUUGGCAUUAAGCGUAUCAAGUUUAAGAUCAUGGAGAAGAGGAGAAUCAUUUGCUCUUGCAAUAAAAGGGCAAGCAGCAAUAGCUGGUAUACUAUUCCUGAGGGAGAUACGAUUGCUGUCUCAGAAACCAUCAUUUUCCAGUUAUUUGGCGACCUUAAUCAGCGGUGUGAUGCUAUUAUUCUACAUAUACAGGAUCGGAUUAAAAAGUGCACGACCAAAAGGGUCAGACCUGAAGCAUGGGACAGAAGAUUAAUUUAAUGCACCCAUGCAAGGUAGAAGAUCCAGUGGACCUUUGGCCUGGGAGACUGAAAAGCUGGUAUUCGGCAAGUGCAAAUUACUCAAAUGUUGUGGGGAGAAGAGGCAUACAGAAUCUGGUACCUACAAUUUGUACUAACGGCUUCUUUUUAUUAUUGUUGUUACGACUGCCCCGCUGGAGGAAAUUACAGAAGUAAUGUCGAAAUUGCACUCCCCUUGCGUGGGAGCUUAUAGUAGUGUUUUUGUAUCGAAGUUUUUGUUGUUGAAAAAGGGGCUUCACUAUUGACUUUC